AAACCUGUGUCGUGUAUAGGUUAUAUUUCGUGUUUCCUCGAAUUCUGCACAAGGCUGCAGAAAGUGUCUCAAUUUCGUGCGCCUCGGAGCUGAUGUUUUCCGUUUUUUCACGACUUCUUUGCGAAAACAUGCCCCUGAUGAAAAUUACUGGUUUCAUUACGAAGAUUAGGUGAAAUAAUGUGCGUCUCGUGUCCUAGAGAUAAAAGUGCCUUGGGUCAAGAAUGUGGUCACUUUUGUAUCGUGUCAGUGACUUCUAAAUUAUUUUGUGCUGAUUGUGCCUUCGAGGAUUCUUUAGAGUUCGUGCCUCGAUAGAUUUAUCAGAAACUGCCCUUAAUUCCGAGAAUUUAAGGUCUUUAUUUUUCUGUUUGCUUGGAUCUAGAUCGGUCAAGUUUUUUGUUAAUUAUGAAUUCGGGAAGAAUCUUCAGAAUCUACCAAUAUUGGAGACAGCCAUCGUCCUAGAAUUAUUUCGCCACUUUAUGUCACAGGUGGAUUGGAGCUAGGUCCCUGAGGGCCUAGCAUGGGCCACUAUGAAUCCACCUGUGGUCAGCAAGUCGAGCACUCGUGCCUCCGGAUACCAUCAGAAGGCACUAGCUGAGAUCCGCAACUCUCUCCUGCCAUUCGCAAAUAUCGGUGGAACAGGUGAAGUUGGUUCCAGUGCUGCUAGUACCAUCUCCACUCUAUCUACAACCAGCGGUGUCAGUUCAGCAUCGGGUCUCAGUGGCCUUUCAUGUGCUUCUAAUUCUGGAGACAAAAACGACCAACGACAAGCCUUAGCUCAACUCCUAGCCAUGGGUUAUCCCGAGGAAAUUGGGUUUAAAGCCCUGAAGAGGGCGGCCUGGCGUCUGGACUCAGCUGUCGAGUUGUUGAAGCAGGCACAGUGCGAAUCUCUGAACGGCUUGAGCAAACUAAAUACAAAGCUCAUCAGGAAGCCAAGCCUUGAACGGGAAUUAAAUCUACAACGCGGAAGUCCCGCACUUGACAGCGGAGCCGGAAGUUCCCGAUCCGACAGUCCUCGUCUUGCAGAGCUGAGUCCUCAUCCCCAGCUGAGUCGGCAGUACUCUCCCAGCAGUUUCGUAGAACCUCCACCUCCGCCUCCACCCAGAUGCAGCUCCACGCCUCCGCCUCCACCGCCUCCUCACGGCCCUUACUUUCAAUCCAACGUCCCCACCAACAUGCAACAAAUGCUCAAGCGAAUGUCGCCCGCGCCCGUUGUGCCAACCCGACCUCCAGCCGCAACUCCCGGUAGUUCCGGAUCCAACUCUGGCUCCGUCAAUCCGCCGCAGAGGGGCACGAGUCCAGUCGCAAACUCCAACUCGUCCAACGGUCGGCAGCCCAUGAUUGUCCAAAAUGGACCGCAGGUCCAGCAGCAACUCACACAGCAGAUGCAGGCUCUCAGCAUCUACCAAUCAUCAAACAGCAAUUCCAGCACUCAGGUCGAACCUCCACCACCUUAUCCAAUCGUUCCAUCCUCCUCGUCAGGACCAGUACAACCACCUUCGUACAGUGCUUCUAUGCAGAAUCGACAGAGUCCCACGCAGUCGCAGGACUACCGGAAAAGCCCCUCUUCAGGGAUUUACUCGGGUCCAACAUCAGCUGGAUCGCCGAGUCCCAUCACUGUUCCAGCAGCCUCACCCACUUCCCAGAAUGCCAUGGCGAGGCCAACUCCUCUCCAAGCCUGGGGAGCCCGACAAGCGAAAACACAACCGCCGGUCAUCAUGCAGUCGGUGAAGAGUACUCAGGUACAGAAACCCGUCUUGCAGACUGCGAUCGCACCCACGUCGCCUCAGCCCAUCUCCACCAGCAGCACACCUCCACCUCCUCCUUCCUACGCUUCCUCGAUUCAGCAGAAGCAACAACAACCACCACCGGCUUAUCCUCCCGUUAAUAACGGAACGUCAUCCCCUGGCUCGGUUAUCGGAGUUGCAGUUGGGAUUCCGACCACAGAACCUCCGAGUUACGCGACAACAAUGCAAGCUCUGGCUGCACAGCGGGGUAUUCAUCAUCCUCUGCCUCCACCUCCUUACGGAAUAUCGACUGAGGAUUCUUGUGGCAUCUCGACCGAAAGUGGGACGGCUCCCAGGUCUUCACCUGUUGCAUGUCAUCCACCUUUGCAGAGGAAAUACUCACCGGCCGAAGGAUGUCAUCCUGAGACUCCACCAUUGCCGCCAACUGCUUCGACCUCUGUUUCGACGAGGAAUAAUAAUCAUCAGGGACAUGAGGGCGCGAAGGGAAAUUCGACGCCAUCGUAUAAGAUCAAGCACCAGAGUCCUAUUCCGGAACGGAAGCAUAUGAGCAAAGAGAAGGAGGAGGAGCGCAGGGACUGCAAAGUUCGUAAUUAUUCACCCCAGGCGUUCAAGUUUUUCAUGGAACAACAUAUCGAGAAUGUUCUGAAGUCUCAUAAGCAGAGAUUGUACAGAAGAUUGCAACUGGAGACGGAGAUGUCGAAGAUUGGUUUAAGCGAGGAAGCUCAAUGUCAGAUGAGGAAGAUGCUUUCGCAGAAGGAGUCGAAUUAUAUUAGGUUAAAGAGGGCAAAGAUGGAUAAGAGUAUGUUCACGAAAAUCAAGCCUAUUGGUGUCGGGGCGUUUGGAGAAGUGACGCUUGUUAGGAAAUUGGACACUAAUCAGUUUUACGCGAUGAAAACUCUACGCAAGGCUGAUGUCUUGAAUCGGAAUCAAGUCGCUCAUGUGAAAGCGGAAAGAGAUAUUCUUGCCGAGGCGGACAACGAGUGGGUUGUGAAGCUUUACUAUUCGUUUCAGGAUAAGGAUAAUCUGUAUUUUGUGAUGGAUUAUAUUCCUGGAGGCGACUUAAUGUCGCUGCUCAUCAAAUUUGGAAUUUUUAAAGAACCGCUGGCAAGGUUUUAUAUUGCUGAGUUGACUUGUGCGGUGGAGAGUGUUCAUAAGAUGGGAUUUAUCCAUAGGGAUAUCAAGCCUGAUAAUAUUCUGAUUGACAGAGAUGGACAUAUCAAGCUGACGGACUUUGGGUUGUGCACCGGAUUCCGCUGGACACAUAACUCGAAAUAUUAUCAGCAAAAUGGACAUGGAAAGCAGGAUUCAAUGGAUCCGUCAGACGAUUGGAAUAAUGAGUGUAGGUGUAUUCAGUCGAAACCUUUAGAAAGACGAAGACACCGAGAGCAUCAGCGAUGUUUGGCUCACUCCCUAGUUGGUACACCAAACUACAUCGCUCCUGAAGUCUUACAACGUACGGGUUACACCCAGUUGUGUGAUUGGUGGAGUGUUGGGGUUAUUUUGUAUGAAAUGUUGGUUGGUUCUCCGCCUUUCUUGGCUAACACGCCCGCUGAAACACAAUAUAAGGUAAUCAACUGGGAGACAACUCUUCAUAUCCCAAAACAAGCAAACCUCUCUCCAGAAGGUAUGGACUUGAUUCUGAAGCUUUGCGUUGGCUCAGAUCGUCGUCUCGGUAAGAACGCGGAUGAGGUAAAAAGUCAUCCAUUUUUCUCUAACAUUGACUUUGAAAAAGGCCUGAGACGUCAGGUAGCGCCUCACAUACCUCGAAUACAAUAUCCCACUGACACAAGCAAUUUCGAUCCCGUCGAUCCUGAGAAAUUACGCAAUUCCGAGACCUCGGACUCGAACAAGUCCGACGAGUACCUGGACAAUGGAAAGCCAUUUCACGGCUUCUUCGAGUUUACCUUCAGACGUUUUUUUGACGAUGGUGGUGGUCCUGCGUAUCCUAGUCGAAUAAGCUUGGACGAUAAUGACAAUCAGGGGCCUGUUUAUGUAUGACAUUAGGCCUUAAAGCAAACCUCGUAAGACUCGCGUAUUAACGUCACAUCUUGUCUCAUUCUCCCUUACAAAGGAAUGCAACUCUUCUUUUCGACAAUCGACAUCGUACCGAAUAACUUAAAACUUUCAAACUCUUCAUUUCAUUCAAAACCACCUCCUAUUUGUAGCUUUGUACAGAAAAACUCAAAUUUCAGGGUUGCUACAUAACAUGUAGAAUCCGGAAUAGUCGUGAAAUUUUCAAAAAGAGCCUGGAAAUUUUUUUCUUCACUUUUUGAAGUUUUAAUACUUAUUUCAGUACUUUUCUGUUUAUUUUACAAAUUCAGAUUUAUGUUAAUGACAUUUCUGACCUUCUAGUAGCACAAAAGUUAAUAAAAUUCUCUGUUGAAUAAGGCAAAGUGUCAAUUUCGUAAAAAGCUUUGCAAAAAGACGUCAAAUUUGAAUGUUUUCGUAAAAUUGGAUAAUUUUGGAAAUAUUAUUCAUAGUUGUUUGGCUAAUUUUUAAGGUAAAUCUCUUUAUUAUUUUAAUAAAUUAUUAAGCUGUUUUUAGAUUUUGUUACGCAGGUUAUACGCUAGGAUAGAAUUUGGUAAAAAAAGUCGUACAAUUUCAAAUAAUGAUUGUACUCACUUCAUUUUUUUAAACUCUCAAACGGUACACUCCAGCCGAGCAUGCGUAAACGUACACUGGUGCGAAUUGGUUUUUUUGCAUUGUUACUAUUAAAUAUUUAAUAUAU